UUUGAAAGUAAAAUACUUCCGGCCCGGUCACCUGUGUGCACCUUGACGCAGUUUUGACGGUCAGUCGGCAUGACAACGCGCUCCCGAGGGCAAACGAGGAACAGCUGAGCGGCUCGAGGAUGGCAGCAGACAAUGUCCAGUAACGGAAACAGCUCCGGUACCGUCCCUGGGAGCGACUCGGUCCAGCUCCCCGCCAUGAUGCAGAGGGCUCGGCCGGCCACGGUGAAGGUGUCCGCGGUGAGCCUCGCGCUCAGCUCACUGUCCCUGCUGCUGCUGGUCACCGCCAUCUCCACAGACCACUGGUACGAGACCGACACCCGCAAACACAAGCACAACUGCGACGGUUCCGACUCGAACGACCAGAAGAACCGGGAGAUGCCCAUCUACCACCUGCCCCUGCUGGACUCCGGGCCCCGGCAGCGGGACGUGGCGCUCAUGAAGCCGGUUCAUGUGGGCAGCAGGGAGGAGGAGCUGCUGGAGAACUGGAGGGCCAUCCUGGGGAUGGGGAUCCUGGAGACCGAGUGCGGCAGGCCGCUCUUCUCCACCCACUCCGGACUCUGGAGGAAGUGCUACUUCAAGGGUCUGGACCCAGACAUCGACAAGCUGAUAGACCGGGGUAUCGCAGAUCGAUGUACAGCUGUGAAGUAUCACUUCUCUCAGCCAAUCAGACUGAGGAACAUCCCUCUGAACCUGACCAGAACCAUCCAACAGGAUGAGUGGCACCUGCUGCACCUGCGGCGCAUCACAGCGGGCUUCCUGGGCAUGGCAGCGGCAGUCCUGCUGUGCGGCAGCAUUGUGGUGUCGGUGGGGUUUUUCUGGGAAGAGAGUCUGACACAGCACGUAUCGGGUCUCCUGUUCCUGAUGGCAGGGAUCUUCUGCACCAUCUCUUUGUGCACAUAUGCAGCCAGUGUGACCUAUGACCUCUCCAGGACCCCACCCUUCAUCUAUGGUCUUCCAGCUGAUGUGGAUCAUGGUUACGGCUGGUCUAUUUGCUGCGCAUGGGCCAGUCUGGGCUUCACAGUGGCUGCUGGAUGCCUUGGUACCACCUUCCCCUUCCUGAGUCGGGCUGGAGCUCUCGGAUCCAAAACAGCUCGCGAGUCUUCUGUCUGAGCCGGCUGUCAGUCGUGAGAACCUGAACUUUGUUUAGACCCGACUGCAGUGGAUUGAGGCCAGGUUCUGAACUGGAUGGCGAUAGGUGGAACACUGGACCUCGAGUGGAAGCACAGACCUGUUUGUAGAGUCCCUGUGCAGCUCAGGCCCCCUGCUGGAUGUGAACCCUUACUGUAGAUGGCUGUCAACUGGAUCUCAAGUCUACACGUCUUUUCAAGGUUUUGAAAACCCUGACCUGCCCAGGUUCAGGUUGUGGUUGUCUUGCAGAGGCAGAACAGCAACAUCAACAGCAGCACAAAGCACGAACAAGAACAACGUUAAGAACACCAACAACAAGCACAGCAACAAUCAAAACAACAUCCGUCACAGAAAUGACUGAAUAGUAAACUGAACAUUGUAGAAAACAAACUUUCAAAAAUAAUAAAAAAUUGUUCUGUAAUAAUGCCACAGUGCUGAUAAAACUACAAUCCUAGCAGUCAGUCAACCAAUCAGUCAUUACCAGAGGUGCAACAAGACAUUCAUCUGGA